GCCUCCCCAUAUCUUCGAUCUUGAUCCUCAACUACACUAAUUGUGCCACACUUACAUACUCUCGGGGUAAAAGGGUGAUUAUACCCUAUCCCUUGUAUCUUCUUCCUUCCUUCCGUCGCCCCCUCUCCCUAUCCUCGCUAAGCGCCGACCCCUCAAGGGACGGUCGUGCUUCGUCCCCUCCCCAUUAUACCACGCACCUACCCUCCAGAGAACUCGAACACUCUUUGGCCGGACCAAGGAGCUUCAGGUUAUCAAUCAUUCAAAAUGACAACCCUAGAUACCAUCCAAGCGUCCCUCCGGACUCUUCAAGCCCAGGAGAAGAUUUCUUCCCUUCACUCAAGGACACCGGGUCCAUCGUCAUUGUCAGACGCAACGGAGAUUCUUGACACAGACUUCGAUUCCGACUCGCUGAAUGACUACUCCGAUGAUUCACCAUACCGAAGCGUCGGCUCGCUGGCCACGGAAAGCGUGACGACUGCAUCCACACCAGAUGAUAUCCGCACCCCUGAUUCGACUGGACUUACUGGCUUUCACUUCCACAUCGAUGAGAACCCCGUCAAAGGUCCGGUGGGCCCUCACCUCUUCCGCCACUCCGACGAAUUCUCGGAAAUGAAGGAGCUGCUUGGAGUAGAUCUGAUGGUUCAGGAUACUCCGCUCAGCGCCACGACCCCAUUCUACCGCCCCGCUUCCAAGCUCGAGCUCGAACGGAGAGACACCCCUCUGUCCAACGGAGCGCCGAAGAAGCAGAAGGACUCCAAACCGGCCCCAAAGGAUAACAAAAUUGCCUCGUAUCAGCCGCCAGAGGAUGACGUCGUGAAUUGGUCCCCCCAAGACGUUGUCGUGUGGAUGCAAAACCUCGGCUUCGAGGAGGGCAUCGUGGAGAAGUUCUUCAUCAAUGAUAUCACUGGCGCCAUCCUCCUCGAACUCCAAGGGGAGGACUUGAAGGAACUGGACAUCCAAUCCUUCGGCAAGCGGCAUCGACUGAUGGGCGCCAUUCGCCAGCUUCAAUCUUGCAGUACUCCUGUACCAUCUUGUGAUGGCACCCCAGACCCCACCGCGCGCGAGGAUACAGCCACUCCCAAGACUACGGCCGGAGAGGUCGGCGUUUCCGAUUGCACAAGCCCGUCGUCCGAGGGCAAGUCCAAAUCCAAAUCGAGGUCCGGAUCCAGUCAGAGCCGCCGCCGCCGUCACAAGCGCCGCGAUGGCACCGAUCUUGUACCGGAAGACUCGGUAUCCAUCGUCGCCAUUGAGCAGUUGUUGCCGGCGCUGCACACAUGCUCCAAGGGCGAGAACUGCCGAAAGUGGCAGAAGCAGCAGGCCAAGCUGGCUCGCCUGGCCAAAGGCCUUCCCGUCGAGUGUUACGGUGGCUCUGUCGUCAUCGGCGACCCGGGGAACGCGGCCACCGCACCGAAUCUCGCCAAAACCCCCAAGUCCGACGUCACUCCGUCUGUCAUCGCAUCUUCGGAUGUCUUGGGCCCGGACCACCCCACGGACGUCCAGCAGCUGUCGCGAGAUAAGCUGGGCGGAGUCGAGCCCCGUGACCCCCAGGAGAAUGUGCGAAAUUUCCUCAGCUUCCAGCGCCUCAGCAGACUUCAACCAGUCACGGACCCUGCUACUCCGCCGAGGGAGAACUUUCCUUCGCCGGACUCCAACUCGCCCGGGUCGGCAAAGGCCAACAAUGCGACAUUGUCGGAGAACCUUCGCCACCUUCCGAGACUGCAAAUCCCUAACGCCCGAGCCUCGAUGGCCGACUCGACCUUCUCCCCCAACUAUUCGGCCGAUCGCACCAUCACCCCGUCCUUCGUGCACCGGAAGGCCCCGUUCGCCCAGCGUAACACGCACAAGCCCCCCUACCCAUCCGGAUACUCCCCGUCCCCCUCAGACUUCUACCGACAAGACCCCUACUAUGGACGAUCCACUCCUCUGUCGGAGAUGGAUGUCCCCACCACUGCGAUCCCCCUCGGACAGGCUGCCCGCAUGUUCUCGCAGUCUGUUCCCCCAGACAUGCGAUUUGGCGGCCAUCACAUGUACCACCUGCCUGACCCCAUCCUUCGGCCGACAUCGACCAAGGCUGAGAAUCAUAAGCGCCCCGGGUUCAACCUCAAUGGUCGGCCCUUGGCUCGACUGGAUGAGCGUUCGCCGCUCCCACCGAUCGAGACGCCGGAGGAUAUGGACCGGACUCCCCGCGCCGCUCACUGCAAGAACAACCCCUUUAGCCCGAGCGGCCAGUUUGCCAAUGACAUCAUCCACAGCGGCUGGAUGAAGAAGCGCAAGACCAGCAAGCUCCUGCGUCACGACUGGGAGGACCAUCACUUCACCCUUCGUGGCACUCGGCUUGCCAUGCACACCGAUGAAGUUUCGGCCCACCAGGCCUCCAAGGCUCUUGAAUACAUCGACGUGGAUGACUACGCCGUCGCAUGUUCCUCGCUCCCGUCAAACUCGAAGCUGACCGCGGCCUUCAAGAAGACCGUCCUGAAGCGCAAGGACAGCAGUCAAGGAGAGGCCGCCUUUGCAUUCUCCUUGAUUCCUUCGCCCAGCAGCAGCACUUUUGACCGCAAGACCAUCUUUGUCCAGGGCCCCAAGUCACACCACUUCGCGGUCAAGACCCGAGACGAGCGCAUUGACUGGAUGCGAGAGCUGAUGCUAGCCAAGGCGCUCCGUCGGGGUCGCGAGAGCGGUGCAUCUGUCAAUGUGAAUGGCGCUGCUUUCUGAUACAUACACCCUUGACCUUCUCCCCCCUCUCCUGCAUUUUCCGAGUUUGCCAUCCGUUAUAUACCCCUAUGUUUUUGAUUUAAAAUCAACCCAU